ACACGGAUCUGUGGUGACGACAGUCGGAAAAAGCAUUCCCCGAAGGACUUAAUAGCUCGAAGACCUAGGAGGCAACACUCAAAUAUCAGACUGAGAAGCAGCACCACUCCAGAGGAUCACAGGAGAACUGAGUUGCAGAAAUAUUUCUAAAUCCAUCCAGGACUGAGAGGACUCGAUAUGUUUCGAAAAUCUGUAGUGUCGGAUGGAACGGCCACUGGCCAAGUGGGGAUCAAGAAGAAAUCUAAGGUCCCCGGGGUGAUGAUUACACAGUUUAUUGAGACGCUGCCAGAGGACAAGAGUCAUCCAGACUUCACCCGCAAGCCAAUUGCUUUGACCAUCCAAGAAGGCAAAUUUGCUUUUUUCAAAGCCAUUGUCACUGGAGACCCAACACCAUCAGUAACAUGGAGCAGAAAUAAUGGGGAUGUGUCUGAUACAUCCAGAUACCAGACAAAAUAUGAUCCAACUUCCAAUGAGCAUACAUUCGAGAUGCCUAAUGUUAUGCCAGAUCAAGCUGAUACCUACAAAUGCUUUGCCAUAAAUGAAUUUGGACAAGCCGUGGUCACGGUUAUUUUGAAUGUCAUUGAAGUUGGUUACAAAAAGAACAAAGCCCCCCAACCAGAAGCUGAAGCCAAAGAUGGGAAUUUUAAGAAAGUACUUAAAAGGAAAAGUAAGAUCUGUCCAAAAUCUGAGCAGUCUGAGAAGAAAGACGGCGAGAUCGAUCCUAAAUUUUGGGAGCUCUUAAUUAGCGCAGAGAAGAAAGAUUAUGAGAAAAUCUGUACUGAGUUUGGAGUAACUGACUUUCGCUGGAUGCUUAAGAAACUGAAUGAAAUGAAGAAGGAAAGAGAAGAAGAACAGGCAGAGUUUGUUAAGAACCUGUCCAAUCUGAGACCUAUUCAAGUCAAUGCAGAUGGAACUGCAUCCUUUGAGUUGGAUUUUGACCUUAUUGACCCGAGCAGCUCCAUAUUCCUGUACAAGGAUGGUGAAAUGGUUCCAUAUACAAAGGAUUUAGGAGACAAAAUGAAGCAUAACCUUAAACAAUCUGGGAAGAAGUACAUUUUCAGUAUGAGAGACCUUAUGCCGGAUGACGCUGGGCUGUACCAGUUGGAUGUGGAGGGUGUGAAUAUGUUUUCCACUGAAUUUAAAAUCCCCACGGUGGAUUUCUUGGUGAAAAUUCAGGAGGUGAAGGCCAUUGAGAGAGAAGAUGCCGUUUUUGAAUGCGUCCUGUCAAAUCCCUUCUCCAAGAUUUUGUGGUUUGGCAAGAAUUUACCACUGGAACAAGGGGAUAAAUAUGAUAUACAGGUGUCAGAAGACAAGCUCAUUCACCGGCUUGUGGUCAAAGACUGCAUGGUGGUGGAUAAAGGAAUUUAUUCGGUCUGUGCAGGAAUUAAAUCUUGCAAUGCAUGGCUUAUUGUUGAACCUGACAAAGACGCGCAGAAGGGCAAAAAAUCUGCAAGAAAAACAACUAAGGCAGGGGGAUCUGGUGUGGAUCUGCAGAAGGUGGCUCAAGAGCAACAAGUUAAGUUACAGAAGGAGCGAGAGGUAAUAAAAGCACAGAUUCAAGUGGCAAAAGAAGCUGCAGCAGCUGCACCUCCACCACCACCACCUGAAACCCCCCCAGCUCCUGCACCGACUAAGGCUCCAGAGGAACCUAAAGCACCAAAAGAGCCUGAACCAGUUGAGCCAGCCCCAGUGGAGCCACCACCGGCAGUAAAGACUGACCCUGAAAUUACUUGUGGGCUGUCAGAUAUCUACUGUCUUCAUGGAAAGCCAGCUGAGUUAUCAGUUAUGAUGAACAUGGACUGUGAAGGCGCCUGGUUUAAAGAUGGAGAGCCGCUAAAUUCAGGUUGUGGAGUUACCAUAACCAGAGAUGGAACGAGUCACAAACUGGCAAUUCAAAGCUGCAAAGAUGACGACUCUGGAGUUUAUCGUUUCGUAACGGGGGAUACGAGUACCCAAGGAAAGGUCACUGUUGGAGAUGUACCUGAGUUUGACCCUGAUGACCUUCACAAGUUCUCCAAACCAGUGAUCAUAAGAGUGGGCCAGAAUGCUGCUUUUAAGAUGCCCUUUCCUCCUCAGGAGUCUUUGGUUGUCAGUUGGUUCAAGGAUAGUACUGAGAUCAAAGACGGUGGAGGAGUUAAAAUUGUGAGGGAGCCAAAUCACAGUCGGCUACUGCUCAGAGACUGUCUGCGGACAGACGCAGGGGAAAUAAAGAUCCAACUCAGAAACCCCUUUGGGUCUGUGGAGGCAACAUCUCGGCUUAUUGUGCUUGAUCGGCCAGGUCCACCAGAGGGCCCGGUGGAGAUUGUGGAAUCCACCUCGUCUAUCAUUGAGAUUGAAUGGAAACCUCCAAAAGACGAUGGAGGCUCCCCUGUUACCAACUAUAUCAUAGAACGGCAACAGACAGGACAGUCUCUAUGGACAAAACUUGGAGAUGUCUCAGCUGACAAGACCUCCUUCAGAGACAGGAAUGUGACGCAUGGAAAAAAGUACAACUACCGCAUCUCUGCAGAAAACCCUGAGGGACUCAGUGACCCCCUGGAGACCGCUGAUAGCAUUAUGGCAGGCAUAAUGAUACUCUCCGGACCACCUGGUGCCCCACAAGUGGUUAGUGCCUCAAAGACCUGCAUCAACUUGACCUGGACCCCUCCAGAGGAUGACAGAGGAGUGCCAAUCAUUGGCUACCAAUUGGAGAAACGAAAGAAGGACACAACUCAGUGGCUUGCACUGAAUGCAGUUAAUGAGCCCAUUGAAGAUGUGAAGUACGCAGUUAAAGAUAUCACUGAAGGAGCAGAGUAUGAGUUCAGAGUUUCAGCCAUAAAUGAGUCUGGAGCCGGAGAUCUUAGCCCUCCCUCUGCAAUGGUGUGUGCCAAGAAUCCCAACAUGAGACCUUGUUUUAAAGACCCCGAGGACUUCAUUGUUGUUAGAGCAGGAAAUUCUGCACGUGUAAAAAUCUGCUAUGAGGGUGAACCUCCUCCUGAGAUCACCUGGCUGAUGGAUGAUGAGCCAAUAUCUCCAUGGAUUCAUAUCAUCAACACAGAGGGAAUGUCUCAGCUUGUGAUUCCGUCUUCAAAGCGCUCAGAUUCAGCCAUUUACACUAUCAAAGCCAAAAACUCAGUGGGUGAGGCUUCCUUCGACGUUGAGGUUAGAGUCACAGAUGAACCCAAGACUCCAGGUCCAGUGGAGUUGGAGCAAACAGUUCAAGGAAAAGUGGUGGUAUCAUGGGCUCCCUCUCCAGACCAGGAGCUUGACGACCGCUUGUGCUACAUGGUGUGUCAACAUGACUCCAACACCAGAGUGUGGAAGACUGUAGCAGACCGCCUCUUUACUAACGAAUAUACUGCCAACAACAUCCUUUCUGGGGUAGAGUACCAUUUCCGAGUCUAUGCCAAGAAUGAUAUGGGUCUUUCUGAUCCAUCUCAGUCACCAACAUGGGGCGUCAAUAGCAACAGAGUUCAAAGCCCAUCAAAUGGAGUUACUUCAACUGAGAUCUGCUUUGAAAGGCCUCCAUCCAUUCUGGUGCCUCUUAAAGUCCACACACCGCCAGAAGGCUACCAACUAUACAUGACAUGCGCUGUCCGAGGAUGCCCUACACCAACUGUAUCCUGGUACUUGAAUGACAUCUGUAUCAAUUUAGACAGUAACUACUACAUUACCAACUCAUUUGGUGUGUGCUCCAUGUACAUUCUGAGAGUCCGACAAAAGGACAGCGGUGAAUAUAGAGUUGUUGCAGUGAACCCCCUCGGCAAGGCAGAGUGUUCGACUAAACUUAUUGUCAAAGAUUAGACUGGCAUGAGGGCUUUUAUCAGCUUUUCCUCCAAGUGAUUUUUUUCCUGGAAUAUAAGCAGAAUAGUGGAAUGUUUUCAUCCACUUUUACGCUUGGAUUGAAAGUGUGACUAUUAUGUAAAGUGAUGGUAAAACUAAUUUAAAAAGUCUAAAUACUAAUUUAUUAAUUUUAUUUUAAUGCCAACGAUUUACAAGAUUUAGCCUGUCAUACAAAAAUAUUUUCUUCUCAGCACAAGUAAGAUUACAACUUAUGGUACAAAUAAAUGUGUCAAAAUGUUCUUGUUCCUGU